UGCACUAAAAUAAUCAAGUCAUGAAAUUAUUUUUGAAAAUAAAAUAUUCAUAAAAUUUUUGACAAGUUCAUUGCAUAAAAUUAAUUUAAAUAUUUAUGGUCGGCAUGGACAACUUUUUUCACUCUUGCCUUAGUAUCGAUAAGAGUUUUCUUGAAACAACAUUCACUAUGGAUGAUUUAAAGUCGUUUGAUAUUUCUGCAGAAAAAAUUGAGACUCCAAUCACUGAGUUUCUGAGGAACAAGACGAUUUUUCUAACAGGUGGAAAUGGCUUUGUGGGAAAAAUUUUGAUUGAAAAAUUAUUAAGAUGUGAUGUCAAGAAAAUAUUCAUCAUGAUGAGACCCAAGAAGCAAAAGAAUUUGCAUCAAAGAUUUGAAGUUUUAAUAGAAGAUCCUAUAUUCUCAAAGAUUUCAAAAGAUGGAGAACGAUACUUUAAAAAAUUAUGCUUAAUUUAUGGAGAUCUUCAAGAGAUUCGACUUGGAAUCUCUGAAAACGACGAAAGAAUGAUAAUGAAUGAAGCUGAAAUUUUCUAUCAUGUCGCUGCAGAUGUGAGAUUUGAUGAAAAUUUAAGAGAAUCAAUUGAAAUAAAUGUCAGAGGAACAAGAGAAGUUAUUUCAUUAGCUAAGAGAACUCGAAAUUUGAAUGUCUUUAUAUAUGUCUCAACAGCAUUCUCUACUCCAUCAUUUAACGUUCAUGAAAAAUUCUACAAUCCAAACAUUGAUCCUAAUCUCAUGAUAAAAGUUGUUGAAAAUCUCAAAAAAGAUGAAGACAUUGAAAAUUUUGAAAUUUUAGCACGUCGAAUAAUUCAACCAUAUCCUAAUACUUAUUGCUAUACAAAAGCAUUAGCAGAACAAAUUGUCAAGGAAUGUGCUAAAGAUAUAAAUGCUGCUGUCAUACGACCUUCCAUAAUAACGGCAACGUAUUUAGAUCCAAUUCAAGGUUACACAGAUAACGUUUACGGAUUGAAUGGUGUUCUUGUCGGUGCAGGUGUAGGAGUACUUAGAAUUUUUCGCAUAAACAAUAAGCUGAAGAGUAACAUUGUACCCGCCGAUUACGUCAUUAACCUAAUCUUAGCCAUCUCAUUUUACACGAUGACACUUGAAAAUAAUUUCAAUUAUAAUCGCCACAUUGACGCUUAUGCUGAGAAUGCAAAUGUUCAAAAUAAUUACGAUAAUGGAACAGAGCAUCAACAUGAGUUUCAUUUAAAUAAAGUUAAUGGUUCUGGUGGUAAAGAUGGUGGUGAUGAUGAUGAUAAUAAAAUUAAAGUGUACAAUUUUAGUUCAAGUGAUGACAAUUGCAUCACAUGGGCUGAUGUGAAACAUAUAUCAUCAUCAUUGGCAUACAAAAAUCCAGCGAAACGAGCUUUAUGGAUUAUCACAUAUAACACGACCCAGUCAAAAAUUAUUGUUAAAAUAUUGCGCAUUCUUUAUCAUAUCAUUCCUGCAUAUCUCUUUGACAUGAUUCUUUAUCUUAACAAUAAGAAGCCAAGACUGCUUAAACUGUACCGGAAAGUUGAUAAAUUUGCUGAGGUCAUUGAGUUUUUCACAAACAACCAAUGGCACUUUGAUGACGAUAAUGUAAUUCGUUUAUGGAAUUCAAUGACUUCAUAUGACAAAGAACAUUUUCCAUUCAACCUUUGGUCAAUUGAGUGGGAAGAUUUCUUUGCCGUUUAUACUUCGGGAUUAAGACUUUAUAUCAUGAAAGAAACAUUGGAUACAUUAAAGGAUGCAAGGAAAAAGUACCGAAAAAUGACAAUAAUUCAUUACUCUAUGUUAUUUUGCAUAUAUUCUGUAUGUUUUUAUUGUGGCUAUAAAAUUUUGAAUUUUUACGGCUUAUUGGAUGAUAUUCCAAAGUUUAACAUUUCAAGUAACACUGAAUUCACGUUCCUGAAAUAUGAUUCUAUAUAGGAUUGUCACGAAAAUUAUUAACGUAUAUAACGUGAGUUAGUGCGUAAUGUGUGUAAAAUGAUUUCUUGUGGGUGUCAAAGAGAUUUACAAUAAAAGUACAUUUAAAGCCUUAAAACAUUGCCUCCUGCCUUUAACAAUAUCU